AUGCGGCCUCUCACCGAGACCGAGACGCAAACCCUCUUCAAGAAGCUGGCGGACUACACGGGCGCAUCCUUGAAGAACCUGAUCGCACCGCUCGACAACUCCCCCAAUGCCGACCGAUAUGUCUUUCGAUUGUCCAACGGAGGCCGCGUCUACUACGUCCGCUUGUCAAUAGCGAACUUGGCCACCUCCGUAUCCCGCGACAAGCUCUUGUCGUUGGGCACUUGCCUAGGCAAGUUCACCAAGUCCGGAAAGUUCAGGCUGCACGUCACCGCGAUCUCGAUCCUCGCCGAGCACGCCCGCCACAAGAUCUGGAUCCGGCCCAACGGCGUCAUGCCCUUCCUCUACGGCGGCAACGUCGUCAAGGCGCACGUCGGCCGCUUCUCGGAAGACUGCCCGGAGCACCAGGGCCUGGUGGUCUGCACCAUGGACGAUGUGCCGCUGGGCUUCGGUGUCAGCGCGAGGAGCUCUGCCGAGGCCCGGCGCCUAGAUCCCACGGGCAUUGUGUGCUUCCGGCAAGCGGACUGCGGAGAGUACCUGCGUGACGAAGAUACCCUGUUUGCGACUGGUUAA